AUGUGCAACGGCAGGAGCUACGCGUAUGAGGAAUUGGCUGGUUAUGGGUACGUUGUGUCGGAUGCGGUCGAUAAGUUUGGCGACACGCUUGGGGGCCUGGGAUCUUCGCUUCACUUGGAGCAGGGAGCGUGGGAGAAGCGCCCUAACGGAAGCUACUCUGGUAUCCUUUGGGCUCUGCCAGAUAGAGGCUGGAAUACUGAGGGGACCUUGAACUUCAACCCCCGAGUUCACAAAUUCAGCAUUACCUUCACUCCCCAAUCCGACGCAACCGUUGAAAGUCCAAGUGGCCCCAACUUGUACUUUAACUACCUGGACACGAUCAAGUUCUCGGGUCCAGAUGGUACGCCAUGCACGGGCCUGGAUGGAGAUGCGACAGGACAUCUUUCAUUCCCCGGGUUCCCCGAUCUGCCCGUCGCGACUUACACCGGCGAUGGCUUCGGCGGCGAGGGGCCUGGAGGGAAAAUAAUCCCCGUCGAUAGCGAAGGGCUUUACGUCAAUGAUGACGGCACGUUCUGGGUUUCUGAUGAAUAUGGACCAUACAUAUACCUUUUCGCUGCUGACGGCAAGAUGCUUGCUGCUAUAUCGCCCCCUGCCGCGAUCUUACCAAUGCGGAAUGGGACCAUCUCAUUCUCGGCGGACAGCCCACCUCGCUAUGUCGAUAACGGCGAAGGCAAUGACGUGAUUCCCGGGGACCCAGACUCAGGCCGUUUCGAGGGUCUGACUGGCUCCGCGGACGGGAAAUCCUUAUACGUCCUGCUCCAGGCCGCAACCGUUCAGGAGGGUGGCCUUGACAAGCACACUCAGCGGUACACGCGCUUCCUCAAAUACGACGUGUCCGACAGGCUUUCACCCGUCUACGCCGGCGAAUGGUUCGUGCCACUGCCCCAGUACAACGACCCGACCGCCAAGCCGUCGAAGAACCCCAAGAUCGCGGCCCAGUCCGAAGUCCUCGCCCUCGACAAUGGGCAAUUCUUCAUCCUGUCGCGAGACUCCGGCGCCGGGCAUGGCCAGGACGAAUCGCUAUCUCUCUACCGCCAGAUCGACGUCUUCGACAUAUCAGCUGCGACGGAUGUGAAGACCGCAGGAGACUACGACUGUGCCGAAUGCGCUGUUGCCAGUGCGGAUGGCGUUCUGGGGGAGGACAUCGUGGCGGCUACUUAUUGCGGCUUCUUGGACUUCAAUGUGAACUUGCAGCUGAACCGGUUCGGUCUCCAGAACGGAGGUGAUCAGGACCAAUACCUGCUUAACGAGAAGUGGGAAUCCCUCGGCAUGGUUCCCGUCGACCCAAAGGCGCCCGACGGCGAGUUCUUCGUCUUCAGUCUGAGCGAUAACGACUUCAUAACCCAGGGCGGAUUUAUGAAUAGUGGCGCGUUGCCUUACAGCCAUGCGAGCGGCUUUAACCUGGAUAAUCAGGCUCUGGUGUUCAAGAUCAGAAUCUCAUAG